UCAAGGACACUGACAGCUUCUUUAGUAGAGCUGUCAAGUGGUUACAGAGAAGGGGUUCCAUUUCAAUUCUAUGUGGAGAGAAGGCUGCUGGUGCUGGCAGGAGACAGAGGUCGGAAGCUGUAGCUGUAGUAGUUUCGUGGCGGAUACAGAAAGUGAUAACAGAUGACGGUCCCUGAGAUAGUGCCAAAAGACAACAGCAUGGCUGUGGAGAUUAAGGUUCUUACCCUCAAUAUAUGGGGGAUACCUGGUGUCUCCAAGGAUAGGAAGGCAAGAGUGGAAGCCAUAGCAAAUCAACUGAUAACAGGUCCUGAGGAAUAUGACUUUGUUUUUCUGCAGGAGGUGUGGUCCCUAGAAGAUUACAGAUUCAUUGUAAGCAAGGUCAACAAAAAAUUGCCCUUUUCUGAGUAUUUUGUGAGCGGUGGUUAUGGAUCUGGGCUGUGCACUUUCUCCAAAACUCAGAUAACUGAUGUCCGAUACAGAAGAUUUUCUUUGAAUGGUUUCCCACACAAAAUUCUCCAUGGUGAUUGGUGGGGUGGGAAAGGAGUUGCUCUCUGCCGCACAGUUCGCCAUGGAAUUCCAUUUUGCCUUGCUAACACUCAUCUUCAUGGGAAGUAUCCCAGUAGCAAUUGGAGUUUUUUGUCCCACUGUUUGAGACCUGGGAGUCGAGACGAACGCCGGCCAAUUCUGAACAACCAAUUACACGCAUGCUAUGAUGCUGAUAAAGACGAGUAUGUUCACCAUCGAGCCGUGCAGGCAUUUGAAACUCCUCAGUUCAUUCGUUCCAACAGGAGAGAUGAAGAUGUCCUAAUUUUUGCAGGAGAUUUUAAUGUCACUUCAACAGAUUUUGCGUAUGGACUGAUAAAGUGCUAUGGAAAUUUGGUUGAUACAUAUACAGAAAGUCCAGUAAAGCCACAUGGAUCAAAUGGGGAAACUUGUGAAACCCCAAGUAACAGCUACACAGCUGUGAAAACACUAGUGGAGAAUCCUAGUGGUAACAGAAUUGACUACAUAUUCUAUCAGACUGCACCAGGUCAUAAGGUCAAAACUAAACUAUGUGAUCAGCCAUGGCCACAGAGAGUCCCAGCACAAGAAUUCAGUUUCUCAGAUCACGAAGCUGUUCGAGCAACUCUGACCAUAACUCCAGUCAAAGAUGGCGACACUGAUGAAGUCCCUUUGGAUGCCAAGUAUGAAACAGAAUCCCUUCUGAACAGCUCAGCAGCUUUUGAAGAAGGGUUGAAGAAGGUCAACUCCAAUCGUAAGUUCUACUUGACUCUUUGCGUCCUUGUUUCUCUCCUGCUAAUCAUAAAUAUUGUUGUGCAGGCUUCAUGCAGUCUUGCAUCAGGUGUGCCAUUCUUCUUGGACUUGAUGCUUGUCUUGCUCUCUUUCAUUCUCAUGUACAUGAUAUACAUGGGAUUCACGUUUUACCACCUCGAAUUCAACGAGGUGCAACGUGCGAAGCAAGGCAUCGAGUGCGACUUGGAGAGGUUGCGGAUCAGGAACGCUCAGACAUUUGAGGAGGAAAGAAAAAGGGCGCUCACAGGUAUCAAGUGACUCGCAGCUGGGAAGCAGGAGACCAAGAAGGCUGUUUAAGCAAGAAAAUAAGCUCAAAUUACAUUACGUCACGUAAAUCUUUCCUAUGUAUUUUUGUUUACAUGUUGUAAGUGUUGCUUGUGAUUCAAAUCUGAAAAAUUAUCCUAGUACAAGGUAGUAAUGACAAUAUUGAUAUGUUUAUGUCUAAGCUGUUGUAUGUCUUGUAAUAUUUAAAGUUUAUAUUAUCACAGUAAUGUGUUUCAGUAUUUAUUGUGUUUGGAUUUAGCUCACAGUUAUUGCUUGUUAAAACAUUUACAGUUUAACUGAUACUGCACUUCAGAUAAUUUCUUCUGUGGUUUCCAAGAAGUAUUCCGACCUUUUGUCAUCUAACACUUUAGGAACUAUUUAUGGCGCAAUAAUAAUUAUCUUUAGAUAGCAAAAAAUUCAUAUUUUUCAAAGAACAGUUUUAUUUUGAAAUAGCUACCUAGAAUAUUUAAGAGUACUUAUUGCCCACAGAGUACAGUAGCCUGCACCAGUUAUAUAAAAGACUUUACACACAAACACACACACAUAUGAUGUGAUACGGAGCAAUCUGCUUUAAAUAUUUUGGCUAUAUAUGUGCUAUCUAUAGCAGUGAUACAUCAUGGUAGCUUUAGACAAUAGCUCCAAAAUCUGCAGACCAAUGUAAGCUAACGACUUCUCUAGCUCUUUUCUAUUGUAUAUAUAUUAGAUCUAUUUUUGUAAUCUUUGUAGUGUUAAUAGCUCAGUUGAUAUCCCUUUUACAUCAAUGAGUACAUAGUUCUAUAAUGUAUGGCUGGAUAUGCAAAAUACCAUACUAGUCUAGAUGGGGAAUCCUAAUGGGUGAAAUUUAUAUAUUUUUAGUAACAUGCACCAAUGCCAAAGUGGGUUCUUUGAAUGAGUUAUGAAACUGUCAACGUUUUAUGUGUUUCCUUGUUGUGUUUGUUGUGUAAGUGUUAUGUAUGUAUGUUUGAUAUGGCUCAUUUAUGAGAUAGCAUGUUGGAAAUCCUUUUAAUUGUCUGGCUGUUUUGUGUGACUUACAAUAAUAAUCUACAACUACUAGUAUCUUGGGCCCAUGAAUGUCUUCUAUGAUGUAAGAGAUAUUUAGUUAAGUUUAAUAGGAACUUUGAUUAUUAAUGUUAUUGGUUACCAUUUGAUAAUUGUUGGCUGUGGAAGACUGUGGGAAGUGUGAACCAAGUGUGAAAAGAGGGAAGUAACUUUUAAACAGUUUUGUAUUUAGAUCCUUCCCCUGUACAGAAAAUGUCAACAGUAACCAGGACUUGGAGAAAAAUAUGUGUUGUGCAAUUGCCAUAUGUAUCAUUUUUAAAAAGUUAAAAUAUCAUUUUAUGUUGUAUUUGCCGAGAGAUGUUGAUAAAUGACAGCAGUGCUGAUAUGGGGAGAAUCAUGUUUAGGAAUAUUAGUACUUAAUUAAUUGAAGCAUGCCAGUACUAUUACCAAGCAGAGAAUGCUUUAGUACUAGUAUACAGUAAUGAAGAAUCAGUUGUAUGCAUCUUGUGCUAUGUUUGUGUAAAUUGUGGUAAAUUGCUUAAUCAUUGGACAGUGCAGAUAAUUUUUUUCUAAGAAGCCAAAUUGCUUAAUCUUUGGGCAGUACAGCUGAUUUUUUUUUAAGAAACCAGCACUAAGUAUGUUCACAAAUAUUACAUGUGAAGUUUGUAUGAAAGAUUAACUUGUAUUCUAUGCAUUUAGGGAAUUAUUUUUUGGUUGACAAUUAUGUGUAAGAUACAUUACUUCAUUCUUUCUUGAAACAAUGUUUUUGGCUUAGGUAAUAUAGUUAUUAUUUUGUGGCUGAAAAUUGUGUGUAAGAUACAUUGCCAUUAUUCUUUCUUGAGACAAUAUUUUGGCUAAGUAAUACAGUAAGAUAAUCCUCUAAGGAAUCAAUUUAUCUGUCAAAGGGUUAUUGAGAUGUGAUUCCACUAGAAGUAUACAUAGAUGAAAUCAGUGUAAACAAAGCCUAUUUGGUUGUAAGUCUUUAUUCUUAGUUUUCAUGGAACAUGUUUUAAAGUUAAGCAUAUUCUUCUGACCAAAGAAAAUAUUUGAUUUUUACUUUACUCACAUGAUGUAUUAAUUUGGAAAGAACAAAUUCUUUGGUUUAUGCUUUUUAGGCUUAGUCUCCACCUCAGAGAAAUUUUGGGCAUUUUUGUAUGAAAAUUUAUUAUUUUCUGGAUGUUGUGAGGGCAUUUGAACUUUGAAGCACAAAGGUAUCAGUCAUGUUUUGAAUUCAGUGCAGAUGUGGUAUUUCAGUGAAAUAAGCAACUGUGCAUAAAUGUUCUUUUUCAUAUUUAUCCUCCAGCCAAGGAAAGGUGUAUGCACCCUAUCCUGUUGAACUUCAAAAGUAUUGUGGCUAUUUUCAUUGUAUUCAUCACCCAAUUAUAAAUAAAGAAAAUCUUUUUAUUGAAAGUAUAAAAUUUGUCUGGAGAGAGUAAAAUCCUUAUUGGGAGUGUAGAAGAUUCUACAUAAGAGAAGUCAUAAUGAGACUAACUGUGAAAUUCUAUGUUAAAAUGCUAAUCAGAUUCAUAAUUUUAAUGUUCAACAAGGUCAUACAGAUAUUUACAUAUUAAGUUUUAUUUUGUGUUUAUCAUUUGAGAAAUGCUUCCAAAGCUGGGAAAAUCAAUACAUUGGGUUCCUUAUUUUCCCUUGUGUUUAUGUACUUUCAUUAGGUAAGAUAUGCACGUAGAAUAAUUGGGAGACAGGAAUACAUGGAUUAGCCUAAAUAAAUAAUAUUGCAGAAAUUUUAUGUGACUUAAACCCUAUUUUCAUCAAAUAACUAAUUUUAUGUAGCAUCUCUUUAGCUAAAAGCUAAAGUUUAUGUAUAUUUCUGAUAUUUUGUAACAUGAUUAGAGAUUUAUGAACAUAUAUGCAUAGCAUUGUUUUGUUAUUACAUAUAAUGAAUUAUUUUACAAAUUGAAUUUUUGUCAUACAUUAUUUUGUAUCAAGGUAUGUGUCGUAAAGGAAUUUUUCCAUUUAAUAAUUGGUAUCCUAAUUGUAUUUCAUUCGCUAAUGUUAGUAUUAAUUGUGCAAUAUUCACCGAAAGAUGAACCUAUUUACCAAAGGAGGAGCAUGUAUGAAAAGCAACAUGUAUACCACUCCCCUAAAUGUUGAUGUUUUAUAAUUGCUGGCUGAAUUAAUUUUCUUGUAUCAUUCUGUAUGCAUAUAUUAAUGUAUACAGCCCUCACCUGUAAUGUGCAUGUUUACAUAGUGUACGAUUCACUUGGUCCAUAAACCCCACCCUCCCUGGUUUUAUAUCCCUUGGAUCCUAUGGCAUGAUAUGGUGUCGAAAUCUGUGAGCCCAAAGAGUGGUCAGGAGGUCAAAAGUGGCACUAUUCCAAGGCUUACCAGGUGAGCAUGACAGUUCCCCAUUUACUGAGGGAGUGUUUGGUAAGAUCAUCAAGGCAAGAGAGAGGUGUGUGGUGUCAUGGUAUAGGGAUAUCAAAGCAUUGAACCACCCACCUGCUUCUACGCAGUGCAGGGACUCCUGGUUUGGAGAGAUGCUGUGAUGCUACUUCAAGUGUCAUGAGAGAAAAAAUUUGAUUUUUUUAUGCCUGUUUCUUCGUAUCCCAGAGCUAUGUUUGCUGAAGUUGACUGCUUCAGCAUGUCAGAAAUACAGUAAAGUUGGAGGUUUUGAAGAAGGGAGAGAAAGCAAACGCUUUUUGCAUGUGAAAUUGGGCUGGCAGAGUCAGCAGUGAGGACAAUAUGGAAGAAUAGGGAUGCCAUUAAGAAAGUUGUGAAGAUGUACAGAGUAUUUUAACACUUGAUGGCUGAAGCAGAGUUAGCAAUCCUUCUAUGGUGCCAUCUCGCAACCUUUAUAAGGAGGAAGAUGAUGGCGGGGUUAUCCCUGAUGCCUGGAUACAUAUGGGAACAGAAGGAAUUUAGGCCUGUGUUGGCUUGCUGGUUCAUUUCCUCAAAAGGAAGGAGCCACAACACAUCAAACUUGCUAGGGAAUUAGAGUCAGCUGAUGAGGAUCAUUGUAGUUAUGAUCCUCGCCAGGUUUAUGAAGUGGAUGAAACGACCCUGUAUUGUGAGGCCAUGCCAACUAAGGCAUAUGUAAGACUCAGAAAAUGAAAACUCAGAAAAAAGCCAGACAAAGGAAGGUAGACAAGAGCAAGCUGACCAUCUUGUCUGGGCUGUAUAAGAUGCAGUCUGUCAUCUUGCACUUAGCAGCAUUUUAUUUAUUUAUUUUUUUUUGCUUAAAACCCAUUGCAUUCUGGAUACCAAGGCCAAGUAUCAUGAGCUUGGUAUUCCUUGUUCCAAGUUCCUUUCAUCUCACCUGGAUAGAAGACAUCAACAAAGACUGCAAUAUCGUGUUCUCAUGCCACCUUACACCACUUCCCUUGUACAGCCAUUGUUGGAUCAGGAACUCAUCACAACCAUGAAAUAGUUUUACCAUUUGCAACUUUACAACUACUAUCUGUGACAGUCAUGAGGAAGUGUUGGCAAUGACAUUGAAGAAGGGCAGCAGCAUUCACCACUCACACCAUCUCCAGCAAUUGCACCUUCACCUUCAGCUCCAGAAAUGUUGGUUAUGAAAUUUGGGCAUAGUUUUGUGUUGACAAAUGCCAAGGAUUUCCUGCUCUCAGCAUGGGACAACGUGAACAGUGCAACAGUCAAGCAUGUCUGGCAGCUAUUUGUGCCCCAUUUCUUCUUCCCUGCAGCAUCCCUCAGCCAUUAAGUCACUAGGAGAGGCAGAAACAGCAACACUAGAUUUCACAAGGUAUCCCAGGUUCAGGAAACGCACACUGGAGCAAGAAAUUCUUACAUCGUGUGAACAAAGAGCUGAUGCUCAAGUAGAAUCAGAUGAAAAUAAAGAUGACCAGAAAGACAGACAAGAAAUGGAGAGAGGAAACACAUCUAUGCUAAACAUCUGCCACAUUUUGUGUGCAGUUGACUGAUAAUCAAAGAAAUUGAAGCACAAUAGAAUAAUAAGCAAAGAGCAGAGGUGCGUUUGCACUCGACAAGUCUUCUGUUUUUAAACCGAGAAACCUAACAAAGAAAUAAACAGGCAACAGCAGGCAGUCAUUGCUCAUUACAGGACAAUCCAGACAUUCAAGAAAGUGUUGAGGAAAGUGCCUUGGAAUGAAGACAGUAUUGUAUAAGUGGUGUUUGUCUGAUUUUAAUGGUGAUGAGUAUGUUUGUUUUUUGAAUGGUGUUGGGGGGGGGAGGAGCAACAGAUGCAACUCAGAAUCCCAUACACUGUAUUGUGUCUUAGGAUAGGCUAGAUUAAAAGUACAUAACCAUAUUCUCGAUGUUUUCUAUCUUUUGUUUAGUUACUUUGUGUCUAUUUUGGCUACAAGGGGACUAAAAUGUCAAGGAUGGAGAGGGAUGCUGCCUAUUAGUAAUUUUCCCCUUAAGUGUCUGUAUUCCUAUUGAGCAAAUUCAGUGUGAGAGAGCACGUCUUUUGUGCUUGUAGGCGCGUACUACGGGCGAGGACUGUAUACAUAUACACAAUAAGAAUGUUCUUUUCUGGGGACCACUGAUAUAUUUAUUUUUGUCUGUACAAUAAUAUCUUGCUGUUGCAACAUUUCCAUUGUUUUGUAAUUGUAAAUAUUUUUGUGAGUUUUUUUUUUUUCUUUUUUUUUUUCUUUGUAACAAACUUUAGUCCCACAAGAAAUGAUAUAUAGAUUUAAGGAUGGUAAUAUGGUUAUAAGCUUCUAUUUCAAAGAUGCAUAUUUGCUAGAAGUGACCAGUGAGGGUGUAAAGGAAUCCUAAUUGUUCAGCUAAAUGGAUGAAAAGGGGACCAGUUAGUUUUAGGAAGUUAAAAAUGUUUGUUCCUUCGAGAGUACAAAACAUUGCCUUUUAUAUAGAAUUGUUCAGUGUGAGCUGGAAACUGGUCAAAACUUAGGUAAACAAGGUUGGUUGUUAACAGGUGGAGAGAUAUGGGGUGAGUGGGGGAGUAUCUUUACUCACCAACUAUCACACACUUUUCUUUCAUCCACAAUAGAGAGCAGAUGUCUGUGCUACUCUUUGCUGUCCUGACUGCUGGUUGAGAACUUGGAUUUUAGAUAUGAGUAUUUGUUCAUUGCAAUUCUUUUUAGGUUAAUUAUAUUAAUUCUGUCUUAUUCUUACGGAAUAAAACCUCAAUUAAGGGCUCUUACUUUUAUAGACUUCUUGCUAAAAGCGGCCUGCACUUUGCCAGGAAUGUAGCAGCUCCUAAUGGAGAGUUCAUCACCAGCUAUUUCAUUUGUUGACUUAAAUACUAAUAAUAUUACGGUACGUACUGACUUUUCUGGUCUGUAACAUUUAGUCAUUAUGGAAGUUCCUGCAGAAGUUUGAUCUACCAAGGAUUAGGUGAUCCUUCUGUUGUGGCCUUCCUAAUUUGACCUGGCAGAGAAAAGAGGCCUUCAUGAUCUACUGAGGUAGUUACUGAUGGUCUUAGCUUUAUUGAAUGCUGCAGAGGAAAAGGGGUUUCUGGUUACAAUAGUCCUUCCUGGAUAGAUUCCUCUGAUGGGGUUUGACUUGGUCUUCAGUUCCUGAUUCGACCAGCCCUGUGUUGUAAGGGAAGCAAGGACAGCGGAGGGAAGAGUAGGAGAGUGGUUAGUGCUCUCCUAUUUUUUUCUUUGUCUUAUAUGUGGUUGUCUACCUCCACCUCAACCCUGCUUUCUUAAACCAUGCCGCCAUGCUUCAAAGAUGGGGAAGUCUAGUCCUUGCAUAAAGUCUUGGUAAGCUUCUCCCAUGGGCUCUUCCCCUUGGGGUAGGGUGGGGUUGUCUAGUCACUGGCGACGAUCGGUUUUCCCGGGUAGAGUUGACACUACGGUGCGCAGUCCAGGAAAUCCUGCAGGGAGAGCUCUUAGAACUCUUCUCCCUUUGUGGGCAUAGCUACCCAUGCAGUGGGUAGUAAGUUGGGAUUGGUGGUGUUGGGGCUUAUUCACUCUCGUUCUUUCUUAAUUUACUGAGUCUUGUGCAAGGAGGUGGCUAUUAUUUAGUCAUAACAGGGUUCUGGCAGUGACUUUGCCUGGGCUUCCAAGGAUUGAAUGGGACAGAGCAGUCCAGUUUUUCAUUUUCUUUCAGACUGCACUGGAGCAGCAAUAAUCAUGGUAUAUUUUGCUUGUGGUGAACAAAUAUCCUAGCGAGUAUUGUUCUGGCCCUCGGUCUCAUUUUCAGAGUUGCCCUUCGGGUAAACUCGGAAGGUGGUCUACGGGGUGGGAAUUGCUUUCAUCUCCAGUGGAUUGUGCAAACUUCUGCCCUGCCACUUUCUUGCCUGAGGAAGAGGUUGAGUGAUUCCUUUGGAGUAGGUGAUUGGAGUCAAAAGGUAGGAAUCUCCUUUCUAGUACACACUCUUUAAGUGUCAUUCUACUGGGUGAACUGGUUCUCUGUAAGAGAGAAGUAUUAUUGUGACUACUUAAGGUCUUGAUGGGUUUCUCACAUUUUUGUCGCAGGUAGAAGCUAAGUGAAGUCCAACCUCAUCCUCAAGCAGCAGGUAAGGUACCUGAGCUUAGAGUACCUGAGCUUGCUGACACUUGGCAGUGAAUAAUUAACUUUAGAUGGCCUCUCGUGCUGAUAGGCCUAGAGAGGUAACUGUGUGGUUCCUGUCUUGUGAGGAACAGUUUUCAUAGUCUUGGCAGGUGGUCUUAAGUCACCAUGAGGUAUCUAGUUUCACUUGUGUGAAUCUUCAUGCUGAUUUCCUUGUCUCAUACAGCACUCAAAUACCGAUUCAGAGACUUCUUACUGCUUCACUUUUGAAAGUGAGUAUUAAGGGCAUUUUCAUUUUCUUUGGCAACAGACAUCGGAAGAUUUUCAGUAUUCUCCACCUCUGGUAUCCCUUCAGUUUUAGAAGCAUCUGAGGUGGGGGCACUCAUCAGGUAUGAGUUUUGUCUUAGAUUUGUGCCUAGAAAUCAAGGCAUUAGUUUGUCAAGGCAUUAGUUUGUCCUUCACUGUUCAAUUGAAUUUUUUAGUUUCCAAGUAAUGAGGGGGGAGUGUCCGACAAAUCAUUGUACCGAAGAGAUGUCGCUCACAAAUCCAGAACACUUUUUCAUGGGGGCACAUGACUGCUACCCAACAUGUGUAGUCACCCAAGCCUUAUUUUGGACUAGGUCAUUACCUUGACUGAUAUAUUAAGCCAGGUGUAAGUCAGGAGGUGGAAGAGGAAUGACUAGAUUCCAUUCCAUUCACAUUCCCUCUUUCGAGAGCAGGAUAUGGGCCGAAGUUUCACCUCAACCGUCCUGUUCAGUCUGUACAGUUAAAGGGGUAGUCCCCACUCACCUCCCAUUUUCACUUGUUAUCCACCUUGUUACCAAGUUUCAAUCAGUUUCCAGCUUGCUUUGAGAAAUACUUCUAAAUAAAAGGUGAUGGUUUGUAUACCAGAGAAAAUUACAAAUUGUGUUAUUCCAAAUUUGUUAUUUUUUCCUUGGUUUUUUAAGUCUGAAAUUUAACAAAGUUUUAAAAAUGCUUUGUUUUUAAAGGAUAGUUUGCCUGAUUUUCAGUUAAUGGAAAUUUGUAUUUUGUAAAUCUGUGAUCUGUUUUUAUUGCAUAAACUUCAGGAGGGACUUAGUACAUUUGUACUUGUGAUCAGAAUGUUUAGACUGUUGUUUGUAGAGCCUAAUACUUUUUGUUUUAUUUUAAAUGUUUUGAAGACAAUGGAAAUAAUAUUACUUUAUUCUAUUGAAUGAUGCAUUGUAUAUUUUUGUGUGUUUGGCAGUAUUUAUGGAGAUGGCAUUUUAUGACCUGACAAAUAAUUUAUGAUUUCUUCAAUAAACUGGCUGAGCCUGUCAUAUGCUAAUGUGUUAUUAAAGCUGAACUAUAGCUAGCA